AUGAAGUAUCGUCUUACCGAGUUCAUUUUCCGUCGCAAGCAUGCUGGGGACCUCUGGGGUGGCAUUAUCAAGGCAUUAAAAGAAGUAUCCUUUGACAAGGUCAAACGGGAACGUAGCGAUUUGGAUCACGAUGAUUCGGAGUUCAAUGAUAAUACGCAAUGGGAAACCGAUACCGAGGAUGAUGAUGACACAUCACGUGAAUACACAGCUGACUCUCAUAGAAAACGCCCUAGAGGCCAAUAA